AGGGCAGAAGCGCAUCAACGUACAAUGUCUACUUACACUGAUACGGCGAAAGAAUCGAAGAGGAGAUGGAGACGAUGUUGCUGCUAACAACUGCCCUUUGAUAACACUCACAACUUACCACUGUCUUGUUUAACAUUGGUUAAACAGUUCACAGGCAGUGUGAGUGCAACAUAUCCAGCUCUCCUGUCAAACUUAUAAAAAGGGACAUCAGAGGCCAUGGCCACAGCACAGUCUGCUGUAACAUUUGCAGUGUGCAUCCUCAUGAUAACAGAGCUGAUACUUGCCAAGAAGGACUACUAUGAUAUUCUGGGAGUGCCUAAAGAUGCCUCUGAGCGACAGAUAAAAAAGGCUUUCCACAAGCUUGCAAUGAAAUAUCACCCUGAUAAGAACAAGAGUCCAGACGCUGAAGCGAGAUUCAGGGAAAUUGCUGAGGCUUAUGAAACUUUAUCGGAUGAAACCAGAAGAAGAGAAUAUGACCAGUUUGGUGACACUGCUGCAUACUUCACCAGGGAGACUCAAGGCAGACAUAGACAGGGUGCCCACCAACCUUUCAGCUUCAAUUUUGAUGACAUAUUCAAGGACUUUGACAUCUACAGCCAGAACAGGCACGCCCGUCACCGAAGACACUUCGAUGAACAAUCCAGGUCCCACAAGGAGUCCCACAGCAGACACAAGAGACACUUUCAAGGAGGUCUUGGAGCAGGUAUCUUUGACGACAUGUUUGAAGACAUAGAGAGAAUGUUUACUUUUGACAGACACACCAAACAGACUGACAACGGGUUUCAUGGUGCAUCAAAACAGCACUGUAGAACAGUGACACAGCGCCGAGGAAAUAUGGUAACCACAUACACAGACUGCACUGCACCUUGAGAUGCAAUGUAAAAUGACUUAGAAUUGCCUUGAGGGGAUACAAUACUGUUGUAUUGAUUAGUUAACUGAAAACAACUUGGUUCAAAUGCUGUGAAAUUUGAACUGUGACAUUGAGAACUGACAUUCAGGCACAAAAUGACAAGCACUGACUACACAGUUUACUUAGCUUAGGUCUAAAUUCAAAUAAGCUAUGUUUUGUUCAACCUAUUCCCUGUGUGUGCUCAUGGGCUUCUAAAUGAUUGUAGUUGUUUUUUGCUCCUUGUUGAAGUAAGCUGAUUGAGAGUAUUUUGUCAGUAUUUUUUCAAGCACCUUCUUUUGAUAGUCAAAUUUGAAAACAUUGUUAACUUUUACCGCUUUGAGAAAUAAAGUCCCGGCACACAAAUGCAUCUGUUGGUUCACCACUAGUUCACCUAAAACUCUGUUUCUGUACAGUUUUUAGUUUUUUUUUCUUUUGUAUAGAAUUUGCUAUUGUAAGUCUCCAGUCACAGCUAAAGACAGAGACAAUAGCAUCCAGUGGAGUUUUGUUUGGUUGUCAAAUGGGGAGCAAUGUCAACAAAAGCCCAGGACCUGACAUACAUUGGAGUGUCCAGCGUGUAUUUUUGGGUUUGUACUACAUCUUGUUGGAAAAUGUGUACUCUAAAAAGCCAGUCUUACUGUUGAACGCCAUAUAUUUCAGUGUUUGUGGUUAAAUCUAAAGCAGUAAUUGUUAAAGAAUGUAAACACCCCUAAAUGAUAAAAUAUAAUUAGGGAAGAGGUACAAAUGAAUAUGGAAAUGCUUAUGACUCAGAUUUUAUUGGACGUGACCUGGACAGACCUGCACUAUAUUCAACCAAGUGUGAAACUUAUAAUAUUGUAUUUUGCUGAGAGUUUUGUAAUGUAUUUUGAGGCCAUACUUUGUUGCGUUGGAUUGGAUUACACUGACAAAGUAUCGGCUUCAUGUUACAAUAUAACAAAAAGAAUAACAAACACUGCAAACUCUAAAAUAAUAAGAGUUAAAUCAACACUUCUGAAAACUAAGCAAGUUGCACACUAAUAUUGCAGGGUUAUUACUACUGUUUGAUUGCAUUAUAUUUUGCAGUUGUGUUAUUGUGUUCAACCCUCAUAUUUUUCAAGGCCAUUCUCUUUGAUAUGACAAGAGGGUUUUGUUGUUUUAUUGAAGUAUAGGUUAUUAAUGGAUCUUCUGUUAAGCUCUGUUGUCUUACAUUGUUUUUACAACUUGCACAUCACAAUGCUCAUUGUCAGACCUUUUUCACUUCAGUGUCCUAAGGCCACCUUCAAUACAAUGAAAAGUCACAAGUUUAAUUUCUACAUUUAUUCAAACCUGCUCUUUGCUUUUUAAAUGUUGGAUAUGUGAUAAGGCCUUACAGUUUCACUACAUAAAACCACAAUUCCUGAAAUAUAGGUGUUGAAAAAAGUUGACUGAUGUGUAAUUUAACUGGCAGUGGACCACUUGAACUGUAAGCUAUAGUAUGUACUACUAAGCAUGCACAUAACUAGUGGAUGAAACACUGAGCACAUAGUGUAGAAGAUGAAACCUUUCCUAACAUCUCAUGUGUUACCUCAUUCCUGUAAAUUAGGUACAAAGACAGGCUCCUUUCCUCCUUGUUGUGCUGUGCAAUAUUUAUUUUAUAUAUUGGUAUUGUUGUUGUAAAAUAUUCAAUAGCACUUUCAAUUUUGUCUACAUUUCCAAAUAUGUGUUUUGUUUUUAAAGAAUGUGUUUGAAAAAAAUAAAACGUAGAGACCUUUA